UGGUGUGCGAGACACAUCCACUACGCUCAACGAACCUCGAUCCCAUACGAUCCGAUUCGUUUCGAUUCCGAAUCGUGCGUGAGUUCCUCAAGUUAGCUCAGUUCUACGGUUAGAACUCCGUUUACCCGGUUCUGAUUGGAUCGUGCAAACGGAUUUGGAACGGCUUCCCGUGGUUGAAAAGAUUUUCGAUUGGGUUUCCGAGAUUUGAAAUUUGAAAUAGUUGCGGUUGUUGCUGUUGUGUGAUAUUUUUGUCGUGUUUUUCUCUGAUUGUUGUUGCCCUUGGGAAGCUAUUAAGCUCGACGGGUGGUUGAACCGGGCCAGCAAAUACGUGCUGAAUGAUUUGUGAAUCUUUUGAAUAUUUCGCGAUGUUUUCUGGGGAAGUGUAAAAGUGACGGAAAGUUUGUUGCUUCAGUCUUUUGUGUUGAGACGGCGUAAUAGCCACAGCGACAGCAGCAGCAGCAGCAACAACAGCUCCGAUUAUUUGCCACAAUUGGCCAAAGAGCCGCUCUUUCCGACUCUCUGGCUGCUUUUGGCCAACUCUUAAAUGUGCAAUUCCCGCAGCGUUAACAUGUAAAACGAGUGUUGGCCACAAAACGAAAUAAUUAUUGAGGAAGCCCGCAAAAAAGUCCGGCAAGGAAGUAUACAAAAACCAUCAAACUAAUGUGAAACCAAAAUUUCAUAAAAAUAUUUAAAAAUCAUCAUCGUUCCGGGCAACCAGUUAAAAGCAUAGCAAAGUCGCAAAACAACGGACACAUAACAAAUUGGAUUACGCAAAAAGGGCGAAGUUGGAUAGAGCUCGCACCAUGAAGACAGGCACUCCAAUGGACAUUUUCUACACGGCGCUGCACUUAAUCACAAUCGCAGCUCUGACGACGCACGCGGCGCAGAUUCCAACGGCAGUCAAAGAUGCCCAGAGCUCGCUGAGCGAAGCGAUUGCGGCGGCGGAGGCGGAGGUGGCCUCCACCUCGAAGCCGGCGGUGGAGCCGAGUGUGCGGAUUAAAUGCCUGUCCGGCUCGAUGCUGAUAACCAUCAAAGAUGCUCCUCCGAACCAUGAAACGGGGCUGUUCAGCGGAAUGAUCUACCCGAAAGGCCUGUCCAAGAACUCCACCUGCCUGAGCGAAUACAGAGACCAUGUGGGCUCCCUGCGCUACAAACUGCCGCUGAGGUCUUGCAACACGAUGCCGAAGGAAACGGAUGACGGUGGCAUCGAGUUCUUCAACACUAUUGUGCUCCAGCCGCACCUGAAGCUCAUCACUGACUUGGGACGUGGUUACCAUGUCCGUUGUGCCUACAAGAGUCGCGAUGCAGCCAUGAAGCCGAAGAAGUAUCUCCGCAAGCAUGCCCAGAAGCCACAGGCCUUCCGCAGCGAGGAUCGCAGGGACUACGGACGAUCGCUGGACAAACAGCAGGACGAUGACCUCGAUGAGGAGGAUGUCUUCGAUGCCAAUGGCCCGCAGGAGGAGGAAGAUGUGAGCAACAACGAGAUUCCCAUGCCCGGCUGCCACAUGAAGAUCUACAACGACGAGCACAAGAUAGCCGACGACGUCAAGAUUGGCGAUCCUUUGACCAUCGUGAUCAGCAUCGAUAGGCAGCAGGUUUACGGACUCCAUGUGACAGAUUGCAUAGUUCGCGAUGGCUUGGGCUGGGGAGAGCAGCGGCUGGUGGGCGAAGAUGGCUGUCCCAUGGACAACGAGAUCAUGGGUCAGUUCAACUACACCCAAGAUCGUUUGGCAGCCAACGUGACCUUCCCGGCGCACAAGUUCCCGUACACCACUUCCGUGUAUUACCAGUGCAAUGUACGCCUGUGCGCCCUGGAGGAUCCCACCUGCCAGGAGGCUCCUCUCUGCAGUGGCAAGAGGCCUAAGCGCCAGACUGCUGUCGACAGCAAGGAAGAGGACGGCCUGCCGGCCACCAUUGAAGUCUUCUCGGGUCUGUACGUCAACGAGAACGAGAACGCCAAUGACAGCGACGAUGAUGCAGUUUACAAGGAGAAGACUCUGGAUGAUGCUCUGUGCGUGUCUCAGCGCACCUUCGCCAUAGCCAUUGCCAUCGCCGGCCUGAUCCUCAUGCUCGCCGUGGUCGCUGCCGUGCUCUGCAUCAUGGCCCGCCGAAGCACCAAGACCGUGUCCAACUCGGGCAGCUCCAUCUAUAGUGGACCCUACACGAACACUGCCUUCUCGCACAGCAGCUAAGCGCGAGAGCAUGAGGUCCUCAAAGAGAAAAUUCAAAAUUCAACGUUUCCAAAAUGCAAAACACUCAAAGUGUUGAAAAUCAGAGAGUUACCAGGAGGAGAUUCGAUCGCGCAGGUGCCGCUGCGGUAGUCAACGAUUGGUAGGAUUGGAGCCACUUAGUUUAUAAGGAUGCCGGAGCAGUCAGACGUUCAGUCGAGCGGCUGUUCAUUAGAUUAAGCCUAGUCUUAGUUGCAAAAGGAUGUGCAGAGAUUACCGGGCAAUGGCUGGGGUCCAUCCUAAUUGCCCGCUAAUGUCGCAGAGAUUCAAGGUACUCCACAGAUAUGUUUGGGUAUCUAUGGAACUCUGUUCCGCACAGUCGGUGUUGGACUCGCCCUUCCUUCAGACACUCCACUGUAAGUGCAAGCGUGUUUCUGCAUCCCUAACUAACCCACUUCUCCUAACUUAAACACUCGAACUAACAACGAAUGCAGCAGCCGACGCUCAGGUGAUAUUUGUACUCGUAUCUACUUAAUGCCUAACUCUAUUCGUAAUUUAUUAAUUUAUCGGAUGCCUAACUGCCCUCCUAGUAGAAUUUCCUGAAUAUUUUCUUGUCAUCGAUUUAUACACUUAACUCCGAAGCGGAAGGAGCCCUUAUUAUAAAGCAUCCGUCCGAACAGCCUCUUACUAUAUCAAGAUAAUCAAAAUAGGCAGUUCUCAAAGUAAGCCUAGGUUUUUGCACCGCUUCAAUCGAGCAUUCCACCGUGCACCGACCAUAUGAGGGAAUGCUCCUUUGGAGCCGUACAAUCCACGCGAUUCAAUUCAUAUUUUAAAUCUCAAUGUUAGUGUACCUCUAAGUUAAUAUUAAUCACUGAACAAUAAACUCAAAUUGACAUAAA